AUGCUCGUGCGGAAGAAGGACGGCACGAUGCGCCUAUGUGUUGAUUACAGAAAACUGAAUGCUGUGACGAAAAAGGACUCGUUUCUCUUGCCCCGGUUCGAUGCUACCUUAGACACACUUGCGGGUAAUACCGUCUUCUCAACCCUCGACCUAGCCUCGGGCUACUGGCAGGUAAGGGUUCGACCCACUGAUAGGGAGAAGACUGCGUUUGCUGUACCGUCAGGUCUCUACGAGUUUGAGACAAUGCCGUUUGGACUAGCUAAUGCCCCUAGUACCUUUCAGAGGCUUAUGAAUCAGGUACUCUCUCAGCUGAUUCCCAACUCGCGUCUAGUUUACAUGGACGAUAUCAUUGUCCUUGGGAAGGACUUCGAGAACCAUCUGGCCAACCUUCGAUCUGUAUUCCUCAGUCUCAAGCAAGCCGAUCUAACUCUUAAACCUUCAAAGUGCGUCUUCAUUAGACCGCGCGUUAAAUUCUUAGGACAUGUAGUUUCAGCCACAGGAGUAGAAACCGAUGUGGACAAAGUCAGAGAGAUCCGCGAAUGGCCGACCCCUUCGGAUGUGACAGAGGUUCGCAGUUUCUUAGGUCUGGCGUCGUACUAUCGACGUUUCAUAAAAGAUUAUGCCAACAUUGCCGCCCCUCUUCACCGUCUGACUCAGAAGGAGAACAAGUUCAAGUGGACGGCUGAAUGUGAUGGUAGCUUUCAGUUGCUGAAGGAUAGUUUGUGCAGUAGCCCUGUCCUGGUUUUUCCCGACAUCAGCGAAGGUGCAGGCAAAUUUAUCUUAGAUACUGACGCCAGCGACACGGCCAUAGGCGCCGUUCUGUCCCAGCAACAAUGUGACGGCACCAAACGUGUCAUUCAGUACCUUAGUCGUACACUUACCAAAGCCGAGCGACGCUAUUGUGUCACCCGCAAAGAGAUGCUAGCACUUACUCAUUUUGUUGAGGAGUGUCGACCUUAUCUCCAUUACCGACCAUUCAUAGUACGUACCGAUCACAGCUCUCUGACUUGGUUAAGAAAUUUUAAGAAUCCUGAAGGACAAGUAGCUCGCUGGCAAGAGAAGCUGGCGGAGUUCGAUUUCGAAUGCCUCUUCCGACCGGGUCGUCAGCAUGGGAAUGCAGAUGCCCUAUCAAGGAAACCUUAUCGACCACACGGGGAAUGCCGGUCUUGCACGGACAUCGCCAUAUCCGCAAUCGCUUUACAAAGCGAUCAGUGCCUACUCUGGGCCGCAGCCCAACGCGAUGACCCACAUAUCUGCCCCAUAUAUGAUAGGAAAGUUAGUAACGCCAGGCCUCUCAGUAAGGCUGAACUAGCGGGUCACAGUUAUGAGACGCGGUGCCUGCAUAGCCUUUGGGACAAAUUGUUCAUCGAGAAUGGCGUUCUAUUCUAUCGCGACAACGAACAAUACCCAAGGCGAGUCGUCCUACCGCUUUCGAUGGUGGACGACGUGGUCAAAAGGAUGCAUGCGGAACUAGGGCAUUCCGGCAUCCAUAAGACCGAGUGGGCCCUUCGCCGGCGUUACUACUGGCCAAAUCAGAAGACCGACAUACAGAACGUUGUCCGGUCUUGUGAGCGGUGUUUAGGCUUUAAGUCCCCCGGGCAAUCCUAUAGAGCCCCGCUACAACCAAUUCAGACUGGCUACCCCAACGAAAGGGUAGCGGUAGACCUAGUUGGCCCGAUCGCGCCAUCCGCGAGGGGAAAUAGGUUUAUUCUCGUCAUGGUAGACUGUUUCACCAAGAUGGCUGAGGCAGUACCCCUACCAGAUGCGUCUGCCCCCACAGUAGCCCGAGCCAUCUUCAACGGGUGGAUCUGCCGCUGGGGAGCCCCGGACCAACUCCACUCAGACCGAGGCUCGUCGUUCGAGAGCAGCGUCGUACAAGAGUUGUGUAAGGUUAUGAAAAUUAAGAAAACACGCACUACUGCGUACCACCCACAAGGCAACGGCCAGGUGGAAAGGACGAACCGGACGCUGAUCAAUCUGUUGCGGGCUUUUGUCGACCGGAAUUCAGCAUCCACAUGGGACGAGGCCUUGCCAGCGUGCAUGUUGGCUUACCGAUCCACGGUAAACGCCACUACGCAACACACGCCAUUUUUCCUAACGUGCGGGAGGGAGAUGCAACUCCCGGAGGAUCUCCACCUACCCCCUACACACCCCGUAGAGACCGUUGACACGUACGCCUCAAGAAUGCGUAAGACCCUGCGUAUAGCAUCGGAGGAAGCGCGACUGCAUCUCCAAGAAGGUCAGCGCCGUCAGAAGGCAUUCUAUGACCGCCUAGCACACGGGACCCCAUAUCAAGAGGGCGACAUCGUGUGGAUGCGGAAUUUCGCACCGUCGCCGGGUGUGCCUCAGAAAUUUAAUCCAGCAUGGGUAGGUCCGUACGUGGUUAGAAAGGUCCUCUCCGACACGACUUGUGUCGUUCGCAGCCAAGACAGACCGUACUCGGAAGAAUUUACGGUACACUUUAAUCGCCUAAAGCCAGGUUCACCGACAGAGGAGGACUCAGGCCAUGCCGAUUCAGAGGCCGGCCCGUCCCACGCAUACAACUACCAGCUAGUCGACCAGUAUUUAGAGGUUCCCCCGGAGGGUGGAUACGCUUCGGCUGAGGUACUCAGAGAUGGACACCCCGUAGAGAAGACUGUCGAAGUGCUGCCAGACGGUGGACCCGCUGUCGCACUAGACGAUUCUGCUGAGGACAGCAGACCCUUUUCGCAGGGGGGAGCAAUGUAG